AGAAGGCAAGAGGUCAUAUUUUAAGAUGUAUUUAUAGAUGCAUAAACCCCUUGUUCACAUUCAAAGACUCAAACAAUCAAAAGAUGGGCCGAACCAUGAAGCAAUUUAACGCACACCUUCUUUGCAUGGGGGCUUCUCCCUGCACCCUCAAGUCUUCAUCCUAUACCCCCAAAACUGCACCCUUUGCACCGCAAAAAAUCUGCUUUUACUGCAGUCCUACACCCCAAAAACGAAUCUCGUUGACCUAGCAGCGGGCCAUUUAAAUUCCACCCUUCCUCUUCUUUUCCUUCACUUGUGAGCAGCGGGCCAUUUGCCUCUUUUUUGUGGAGUAGAUCUGAGUAGAGCGCCACCAGCAACCACCAACCACCAAGCAGUUCCCUCUCCGUCCAUAUUUCAUCCACACAUCCACUCUCCGUCCACAUUUCAUCCACCCAGGUGAUGUUGUUGAGCAGUAGGGUUCAGAUGUUGCUCAAGACGAGGAGCAAGGGAUUGGCCACAAUGCUGCAGGAUUUCCAAGUGGUCCCUCUGAUACAUCUUUAUUGACUCGAUACCAGGAUCAUGUUGCACAUAUCAUAUGGGAGGGUCAAGUUAGUAAGAAAUUUUUAUAAAUGUUUUUAUUUUAUCGUUGUUGUGUAUUUUAAUUGUUUUAUGUUUCUUUUUUCUUAGGAUCGAAUUGUCAAACUAGUCUCCCAUAUUAAAAAAGUGAAAAAUUUAGGACGUCCUCACCCUUCUGUUCUGCCUUUUAUGGUAGCUUAUAGAUUAUCGUCUCUGUGCGAUAAUUUAUAUGAAUAUCCCGAUACUGGAUUAAUACUGGGUUUUGUGGAGAGAUGGCAUCCCGAGACUAAUACUUUUCAUCUACCAAUUGGUGAGAUGACCAUCUCUUUAGAUGAUGUUUGGUCGCUCCUUCACCUUCCCAUCACUAGAGAGUUUUGCUCCACUGAAAAUCUUGAAUAUGAAGAUUCACUCAAGAUUAUGAUGACAUUUCUUGGUGUUGAUUGGGUUGUGGCUUCUAGUGAGUUGAAUCAAAGUCGGGGUGGACAUGUCAGACUUAGUUGGUUGAGAGACUUGUAUAGGAGUUGUUGUGAUAACAAGCUAUGGGAGUUUGUUGCACCUGCAUAUCUUUUGCACCUUCUAGGGUGCACGAUAUUUGCUAAUAAAAGUGCCACCUAUGUUCGUACCCAUUACCUCGAGCUUGUUAGAGAUCUCCCUAUAUGUCGUAGAUAUGCUUGGGGAGUUGCUGCUCUUGUCUACUUAUAUAAGCAACUAGGAGAUGCUAGCUUUGCAAAUACAAAGCAAUUAGUUGAAUAUCCUCCUCUUCUACAGGCUUGGAUAUACGAGUACUUCCCUGCAUUGGGAAUGAAGCAAUUACGUGAUACAUAUGUGGAGACCGAACCCCGUGCCAGACAUUAUGUCACUAGACGAGCUACUUCCGCUCUAGCUGAUGUUAGAGUCUAGUUGGAUGCCUUGACAUAUGAUGGGGUGAUUUGGAACCCAUAUGGAGCACAUAGGGCUAGUCGACCACUUGUUGUAUCUGUCAUGUUUUUUGGCUUCCUCAGGCUUGGUAUCCUCGUACACCGUCAUCUGCCAGAGCGUGUGCUACGACAAUUUGGCUUCAUGCAGCCUAUUCCACGACUGCUGAGCUCGCUUCCCAUGUUGGACUUUGCGAUUAUUGAUGAUCGGUGGAGAGACCACGAUCAGUUUAUCGUAGUUCAGGUGGUCGCUGCGCCAACUCCUUUUUCAUGUUCGGAUGGAUAUUUGUAGUGGUUUAGGAGGGUCUCUGAUGAAGGAUUAUCUUGUUCCUUUUUAAGAUUAUUGAAUAUGGUGUGAGUUGAUUAAGAAAGCUAAGUG